AUGAGCUACAACCACCUAUAUGGCCAGAUCUCACCAAGUUGGGCAUAUUGUCAAAAUUUGACAUACUUUAGGAUUUCAGGAAACCUACUUAUCGAAAACAUACCCUCUGAAUUCAGUAAGUUGCUUCAAUUAAGAGUCCUGGACCUUUCUUCAAAUCAGCUUACAGGAGAAAUACCAAAAGAGUUAGGUACUAUGAACUCAUUGUUCAAUUUGACUUUGAGUGAUAACAAAAUAUCUGGAAUAAUUCCCUCAGAGUUUGGAAAAUUAUCCAAUCUAGAAAUUUUUGAUUUAUCUAAAAAUGACAUCAGCAGCCCGAUACCACCACAAUUAGAGGGUUGUACUAAACUGCGCACAUUGAAUUUGAGAAAAAAUAAAUUUGAUGGGAUCAUUCCAUCUCGAAUUGGAGAGUUUAAAGGAUUGCAAAGUUUACUUGAUUUGAGCCAUAAUUUUUUUGGAGGAGAGAUACCACCACAACUAGCAAGUUUGAAAUAUUUAAUAUCUUUGAACUUGUCCCACAAUAAUCUAUCAGGUGCCAUCCCUUUAUCUUUUGGAAGCAUGUUGGGUUUGACAUCGAUAGAUGUAUCGUACAACAAUUUGGAGGGCCCAGUUCCAAGAAGCAAAUUGUUUCAAAAUGCUCAAGCAACGUGGUUUAUCCAUAACAAGGGUUUAUGUGGUGACGUGCCAAGUUUGCUUUCUUGUGGAUCAACUACGGUUUGUCUACCAUGA